CUAGUUCAUUCGAUUGUAUUUCUUCUAAGCCUUCCAUCACUUAGUGAUGAAUGUUGCUUGAAGAGGAACGUCGAGGAUGACUCGCGAGGAAAUAUUGACGAUAGGCAAGCAUUGUAGUUUAGAUACCUGUAGAAAGACAGAUUUUCUACCUGCGAAGGUCGCUAUAGUGUUAUCGACGUAGAUAGCUAAGCUGACGCAACGACAGUGUGUCUAUUGCAAAGUAGACUAUUGUGCAGAGCACGCCACACCAUCGCUCGAGUACUCAGACGAGAAUCACUACUGUGAAUCAUACAAGGAGGCGGAAAUCGCGAGAAAGAGCAAGUCAAAGAAUAGCUACAAUGAGCUUGAUAUGUGCAGUCAGGAGAGUUGUAACACGAAGCUCAUAUCACCCAUAAGCUGCAUCGAAUGCAGUCGGACAUUCUGCACCUACCAUUACCAUCCCACCACUCACCGCUGCCAGACCAGCAGACGACUAGCGAACAACGGCAGAAGUGCGGCAUCGAACAACGCAGGAUUGGCUGCCCUCAAGCGCCUAGGGCAGUCUAAUAGUAAUACCACAGCAAAGCAGCCGCCAAGAGAGCCACAAGAGCGUGAUACAGGGGAGAGAAAGACAAACAAAGAGUCGACUAGUAUCCUAGCGAAGGUUAUACCGAACAUGGAGAGAAUCCAAGCAGGUGGCCCUAUCAAAACCCCACUCGCUUCCCUCAAGCAUGACAAAAGAAGCAAAAGUGAGCGUGACUCACAGAUGCGAGCGUUGUUGGAUCGAGAGAAAAAAGGCAUUCUCUCCUCCAACGACAAGCUACGUCUAGCUGAAAUGCGGGCCUUGGAGAGCCAGUCACCGAAGGCUAGGGAUUGCAAAGUACAAUAAAUAGUAUAUAGUACAACAUUCUAGUCAUGUAUUAACCUAUGAAUGAUCAGUAUGCGAAGGCUGCAGGGAAGCGACUCACGCUUCUUGGUUGCCGAUCGCGUCGACGAUGUUCUGCCUCGUUUUGCUGGUCUGCCGCCCCUGCCGCGCUUGGGAGCGUCUGCGGCAGCCUUUGCCGUUCUCGAGCGGGACGAGCGGGUAUUUGUUUCCUCCUCGUCGACCUCGUUGUCGUCGUUCGUUAUCUGGGCGUCAUCCUCUUGCAGAUCAGAGUCCUCGUGCUUGAGAGAACGGGCAGCCGAGCUCCUCCGACGGGUCUGCACCGGCUGGGGCUCCUCUGUCGUAUCCUCGGCCUCGCUCAGACUCGAGUCAUCCUCUUCUGAGGGCGAAAUGAUAGGAGAAGAGGGCGGCGUCGCGCGGUCUUUCGCCGGCCUGAAGGCCCUCUGCUGGCAGAGCUCGAUGAAGUCGCUGUCGUGCGGCAGUUCGAACUGCUCGACGCUCGAUAAGAAGUCGUCCUCUGCUAAGUCCUGGGAGGCGUCAGAAGGCGGGUCAAGAACGGAGGGCGGGCUACCUGGCUGUCGAGACCGUCUAGAUCGUAGAGGCUCGCGAGCUUGCGCUUUAUAUCCGCGAGCUCAACCUCGUGGCCGAGCUCGGUCGUCAUAGACUGCUGGACAGACAAGAAAUGGAAGUGUCUGUUGAGACCGACGGGCCUGGCUUUUAUGACUGCCCGGAAGAGCGCGAUCUCAAAUUCGUCGUUCGUCAUCAUACGCAGCGAAGAAUCUCGCUCUGGGGAUACGCAGCUCACUCCUUAGAAGUUACGACGAAAUCGAAAAUAAAAAAAUAGCGAGGAAACAAUAAUUUUGCAGCCUAUUAUGUAUUCAUCCGCAUCAUCCUCAAGAAGGCCUUCCUCCGAAUUCAAACUUGUGGACGCUGAGAACGGCCAGAACAGCAGCCCUGCGACCACACACCGUCGCUUUGGCCCCUCCUCCGGCUGGAAGAAGUACGCCGUCGGGGGCUCACUCGUUCUCUUCAUUCUCUUUCUCCUAUCGAAGAACAGCCCUGGGUUUAUCUUGGGCGAUCAUACACCGCCACCACCGCCUCACCACGUCCACCCCCAACACACUUUCGAUCUCCCGAACCAAGACGUAGCCGACCCUCUUAUCGACGUCACAAAGGACGAGUCGAUCAAGUUCACCGGUCCAAUCAACGAGGCUGAAGCUGCACUCCCUGCGUCCCACGACUACAUCCACGCCGAUCAGUCCUUCCCUAGCUUCUCCGAGGACGCAUCAUCAAACUCCGACUUGCCGACGAGCUUUGAAGACGAUCCUAACCCCGCUGGUACUACCGGUUGCCAAUCCCCACACCCAGACGCAACCGCUAAGGGCAGACCACUCGUUCAAUAUGUCGUCAUGAUAGACGCUGGCUCCACUGGCUCCCGUGUGCACGCUUACAAGUUUAAUAAUUGCUACAGCACUCCACAGCUCGAAUAUGAGACAUUCAAGGCUACAAAACCAGGACACGGUUUAUCUUCUUUUGCUGAUGACCCACUCGGAGCUGCAAAGUCACUUGAUCCACUUCUCAAAGAAGCUGUCAGAGUCAUUCCAAAGGAACUCCACGCCCAAACUCCUGUCGCUGUUAAGGCUACAGCUGGUUUGAGAAUCCUUGACUCAAAAAUUGGUCCAAACGCCAGUAAAGAGAUUCUUGACGCCGUUCGCAAUCGUCUUACCACCAGGUAUCCAUUCAAUGUGAGCGACAGACCGGGUGAUGUUGCUGUCAUGGAUGGCAGUGACGAGGGUGUUUACGCCUGGAUUACAAUCAAUUAUCUCUUAGAAAGAAUCGGAUCAGAUGUUGACAAUACUAAAGUUCCAACCGUCGCAGUCAUGGACCUCGGUGGUGCUUCAACACAGAUCGUCUUUGAACCAAUGUCUAGGCACACAGAUGCUACUCCAUUAGCUGAUGGUGAUCACAAGUAUACACUCACUUACGGUGGUAAGCAGCAUGUUCUUUACCAACACUCCUACCUGGGUUAUGGUUUAAUGCAAGCCAGAAGAUCAGUACACAACCUUAUCGCUUAUCUUUAUGAAUUCGGAAACGUAUUGGUACCAUCUUGGGACGAAUGGAAUGAGGACAUCAAAGUACCAAACCCAUGUAUGCCACACGGAACCUCCAAGCAUGUUACAUUAGACCCUCCACACAAGUCACCAGUAAAUGUGACGAUGGUCGGUUCAUCAAAUGGUUGGGAUGCCUGCAACAGAGUAAUUGAAUUAGUCAUGGCCAAAGAUGCUGUCUGUGAAGUACAACCAUGUUCCUUCAAUGGUGUCUAUCAACCAUCACUUAUGGAAACAUUUGACGGACCACUUCUCGCUAUGUCAUACUUCUACGAUAGAUUGUCACCACUUGGAAUCAAUGACAAAACUAGCUCAUUCGCAAGAGGUGAAAUCCAAAAGCUUGCAUCACACGCUUGUAAAGGUGAAGCAAACUGGAAGAAAUAUUGGAGGGGAAAUCAAGAAGCGCUGGAUGUACUUUAUGACAAGCCUGAAAUGUGCUUGGACUUGACAUUCAUGAAUGGAUUGUUAGGAUUGGGUUACGAACUUGGUCCACAAAGACCUAUCGGAACCGGAAAGAAAAUCGAUGGCGUCGAACUUGGCUGGACACUAGGUGCAUCUAUAGCCGUAUUGGACGCAUCUUCACUUUAAGAAAAAUUUACAGCAUAAUACAUAAUUAGAGGACAUUGCAAUAUUUAGAAAAAAAAAAUUCAGGUUUACAAAUCUCAAUUUACAAUUUAAUAACAAUUUUCAGCUUUCUUCAGACAUUUCUUUGUACUUUUCUUGUUUUAUUAUCAAUCAUCAUCGCGUCAUG